AUGAACCAGUACCCGUCAGGGGGUUCGUACGGCUACCAGAGCGCGGACGGCGCGUCUGGCGCGGCGUCUCUCCCCGCGUCGACGACGGAUAAGAUCCAGCUGCCAUGCGCGCACUGCCAUGCCGUGCUCAGCGUGCCCGUCGGCCUAUCGCGCUUCCAGUGCCCGCGCUGCUCCUCGCACCUCUCCGUCGACCAUGCGAAGCUCGCCGCGUACAUGCGAUCGCUUAACGAAAUGGCAGCGUCCCUCGGUGGUAACGCCGGCGGCACCAGUGCGGGAGCUCAGUCCGCAGCCUCUGCGUCCGCUGCUGCAGCCGCAGCUGCUGCUGCUCGCGGCACCGGGAAUGCAGGUGCUGGUGGUUCUGCCGGCGCUGCUGCUUAUCCCGGCGCAGCGCAACGAAGCGCAGCCCAAUACUAUCAGCAACAGCAUCAGCAGCAGCAGCAGGCUUCCCAAAUGAUGCUCUCGUCGCACGCCCCUCACGGCUCCGCACCAGGCGCGACAUUGGCAGCCGCGGCGACAGGUGCGGCCGCGGCUGCUGCUGCUGCGGCGGCGGCGGCGGAAAGCGAGCAGGCGAAGAGGCGGAGAGUGGAUGGGUUAGGGAUGCGCUAUUACGCCGCGUCCACACCUACCAUGGGAGGGGAUGGGGGCAUGGGCGCGUAUGGGCCCGCGGGGAUGGGGGGGAUGCCCGGGGCGGGGGGAAGCCUGGCGGGCCUGGGCGGGGGAAUGGCGGGGGAGGGCUUGCGCGCGGCGCAAGCGGAGGUGGAUGCGAGCUUACGGCGCAUGAUGACGGGGGGGAGGGCGGGCGGGCCGACGGCGGGGGAGGAGGCGAGACAGGUGGAGGCAGACGCGAAAGAGGCGUUGAUUCAAGACGAGGAGGACGAAGAAGGCGUGGCGGGAGAGACCUUCGCAGCUUACCCUCCCGGCCAUCACUCUCUCCUCUGCUUUCCACCUGUGCCUCUCCCAACUCAAUGCCUUGGGAUCAACCCCGGUCAUGCUCCCUCUACCCUGCUCUCUCCAUCCUCCCUCUCUGCCCCCCUACGUCUCUCCCUCUACCCCGGUCAUGAACAGCGCCCUGCAAAGCUAUCUCUGGGCCGCCCACACCCCGACCCCGUGGUGGAGACUGCCUCGCUGGCAGGCGUGCAGCCGCCCGACAUCGACCCGUCCAAGCUGGCGCUGCUGACGGGGCAGGAUGACGUGGCGGCCAACGCUCUGUCGUCAUUGCAGCUGGAAACGAUCUGUUAUGCCAGCCAGCGGCACAGGCAGCUGCUGCCGGGGAACGUGCGGGCGGGGUUCUUUCUGGGGGACGGUGCGGGCGUGGGCAAGGGGCGCACAGUGGCGGGGAUUAUACGAGAGAACUGGCACCAAGGCCGCCGCCGCGCACUGUGGAUAUCCAUCGGCCCUGAUCUACGGUUUGAUGCCAGGAGGGAUCUUGAUGACAUUGGUGCCACCGACAUUCCAGUGCACGCGCUCAACAAGCUGCCCUACGGCAAGCUCGACUCCAAGGCCAACAAGAUCAAGGAGGGCGUGCUGUUCCUCACCUACAGCACGCUCAUCGCGUCGGCAGAGAACCGCCGGUCGCGCCUGCAGCAGAUCACGCAGUGGUGCACGCCUGGCUUCGAUGGCGCCAUUAUCUUUGACGAGUGUCACAAGGCCAAGAACCUAGUGCCUGAGUCAGGGGGCAACGCCACUCGCACAGGCGAGGCCGUCAUGGAGCUGCAGGCGAAGCUACCAAAUGCGCGAGUGGUGUACUGCAGUGCCACAGGCGCAUCGGAGCCACGGCACGUGGGGUACAUGACACGCCUGGGGCUGUGGGGCGAUGGCACGCCCUUCCUCAACUUCCAACACUUCCUCGGUUGGUGCCUGCCUCUGCACACACUCACUGCGUCCCCUCUAUAUCGCACUUGCUUGCUCGCUCGCACGCUGACCUUCUCACACACUGAUACUCACGGGCUCUUUCACACACACGUCACAUUUUCAACCAUGGGCUCCUCCAUGCCACUUCCUCCCUUCCCCCUUUCCUGCCGCCUUGUCCCGCCGUUGCCUGCUGCAGGCACGAUUGACAAGCGGGGAGUGGGAGCGCUGGAGCUCAUGGCAAUGGACAUGAAAGCCCGCUACCCUAUGCAUCCAAUUCACAUAGCUACCCCCCCCCCCUCCACCCUGCCUCCAUGCACUCGUGUCAUUCCCUCACAUCUCUCUCCCCCUACCCCUGCCUGCCUCUCCAUCCCCUUCUGCCUUCAACUCCCCCGUUCUGCCCUCCCCGUUGCCCUUCUCUUCACCCCCUCCAAACGGCAGGGGCAUGUACGUGUGUCGCACGCUGAGCUUCGACGGGGCGGAGUUCGAGGUGGUGCACGUGCCACUGGAGCCCAGCAUGCAGGUGCGUGCCGUGCCGUGCGGGCAGAGGGUUGGUUUUUUAGUCGACUCAAAAGUCAAUUCGAGGUGGUGCACGUGCCACUGGAGCCCAGCAUGCAGAUGCACGGCACUGCCAUGGGCGGAGCUGAGGGCGGACAUGAUAGCGCCACCUCUCCCCUCACGUCUCCCCAACCCCUUCCUUCUCCCCCCUUUUCCCUCUCUCCAACUCCUCCCUUUUCCCCCCACCAGGAGAUGUACUCCAAGGCGGCGCAGCUGUGGGCGGAGCUGAGGGCGGACAUGAUAGCAGCGGCGCUCGCCCUGUCCUCCGCACAGAGCGCCUCUGCCUCCGACUCCUCCAAGCGCUCCUCCGCCAACGCUGUCUGGCGAACCUUCUGGGCCGCGCACCAGGUGCUGUGGAAGGAGGGAGGGGCGGGAGAAAGGGGGUGGGGCGUUUCUUCCACCAUCUGUGCAUCAGUGCCAAGGUGCCAGCAGCAGUGCGCAUGGCAGAAGGAGUGUUUUGAGACGUCUCAAAACACUCCUUCUUUCAGUGCCAAGGUGCCAGCAGCAGUGCGCAUGGCAGAAGGAGUGUGCCAGCAGCAGUGCGCAUGGCAGAAGGAGUGUUUUGAGACGUCUCAAAACACUCCUUCUUUCAGUGCCAAGGUGCCAGCAGCAGUGCGCAUGGCAGAAGGAGUGUGCCAGCAGCAGUGCGCAUGGCAGAAGGAGUGUUUUGAGACGUCUCAAAACACUCCUUCUUUCAGUGCCAAGGUGCCAGCAGCAGUGCGCAUGGCAGAAGGAGUCGCCAAGGUGCCAGCAGCGGUGCGCAUGGUGCAGCAAGCAAUAGCGGAGGGCAAGUGCGUGGUCAUCGGGCUGCAGAGCACAGGCGAGGCCCGCACCGACGAGGCUGUUGCUAAACUGUUCUGCCCAUGCUUCGCUACUCCUCCAUCCCUCGCCCUUUCUCCAUCGCCCUUUCUCCAUCGCCCUUUCUCCAUCGCCCUUUCUCCCCCCUCCCCCCUCUCCCAACCCACCCUCCCCCGCCCAUUCCUCUUCCCCUUUCCGCCCUCAUCUCCUCCUGCAUUGCUCCCAGGGUACGGGAAUGGACGGCUUUGUGAGUGGCCCCAGGGAGAUACUGCUCAAGCUUGUGGAGGAAUGAGACCUGGCACAGAAAUGGGCAACUUUGGCACGGAGAUGGACGACUUUGUGAGUGGCCCCAGGGAGAUCCUGCUCAAGCUCGUGGAGGAGACCUACCCACUGCCCCCGCCACCGGCCCUGCCCAAACAGGGCGAAGAGCUGAAGAAGGAGCGGGAGCGGGAGCAGGAGAGGGGCGUGAGUCGGGGUGUGUCGGUGUCGCAGCGGGGGAGGGUGCGGCGCGCAGUCAAGUACGAGAGCGAUGAUAGCGAGGAGGACGGGGACGAGGACUUCGAUGCGGCAUCAGAGACAUCAUCGGACGACAGUGACUUUCAAGGAGACAUCUGCCAGAUCUGCCAUGACGAGGAGCUGUCUGGGUCGCUGAUGGCAUGUGCGGUGUGCUCGCGUGUCGGCCACGUGGCGUGCUUUGAGAGGCACACCGGCAGAAGCGGCGGUUACCACCCCUGGUUGGCUGACGCCCCCCGAGGCCACGUCAGCACCAGGUCAGCAGCAGGCAGCGAGCGGCUGGCGGGGGGAACAAGGAAUCGAGGAGCCGCCACAGCAGUCCACCCUUUGAUUCUAUCGCCCCCCAUCACCAGGUAUAACACGGCUGUCGCUCGCAAGGCCGAGAUCAUGGAAGCCAUCAAGAAGCUUCCUCUGCCGAACAACCCUCUGGAUGAGCUCAUAGACAAGCUGGGAGGGCCAGAGGCAGUGGCGGAGAUGACAGGGCGGAGGGGCAUGCUGGUGCGCACAACCACGGGGGAAGGCAAGGGCACCGUCAGCUACCAGGCGAGGAACUCCAAGGACGUGGCAGCGGAGAUGGUGAACAUGAGGGAGAAGGCGCUAUUCAUGGCGGGGGACAAGCUCAUCGCCAUCAUCUCCGAGGCCGCCAGCGCUGGCAUCUCCCUGCAGGCCGACCGCCGCGCUAAAAACCAGCGGCGCCGGGUGCACAUAACGGUGGAGCUGCCAUGGAGUGCUGACCGUGCCAUCCAGCAGUUUGGCCGCUCCCACCGCUCCAACCAGGCCAGCGCGCCGCAGUACAGGCUGCUAUUCACGGAGCUGGGGGGUGAGAAGCGGUUUGCCUCGGUGGUGGCCAAGCGCCUGGAGUCACUGGGAGCUCUCACACAGGGGGACCGCAGGGCGGGUCCGUCCCUGUCAGCAUUCAACUACGAGGGCGUGUGGGGCAAGCGGGCCCUCUCCACCAUGUAUCGUUGCAUCAUGGAUAACAUGCCUGCCCCCGCACCACCCCCCGGCUGCCCGCAAAAGUUUGACGACGCCUGGGUACACCUUCACAAGGCAGCAUGCAACCAAUAUUUGCCUAAGUCCCCAACUCCUUCACCUCCACCACUUAUGCUCGUCUCUCCCUUCGUCUCCCCCGUUUCCGGCUCUCCUCCACCCGUCCACUCCCAUGUGGCGGCAGCAGCAGCGGCAGCGGGGGGCAUGUAUGCGGUGGGGGGGAAGAUCCCUGAGUCGGACAUGUCAGACGUGGCUCGCUUCCUCAACCGCAUGUUGGGACUGCAGCCUGCACAGCAGAACAGGUUGUUUGAGUUCUUUGCGGCCAUAUUCGCGCACCUAGUGGCGACAGCGCGCAAGGAGGGCGAGCUGGACAUGGGCAUCAUCAGCGUGCGCGCGCCCAGAAUCACAGUCACACAGCCGUCGCAGGUGGUGUGUGAGGAUGAGGUAUCAGGAGGCAAGACCUUCCAUGUUGUUCUCACCAUCGACAAAGGUCUCAACUGGGAGUCUGCCCGGCAACUAUUCAAUGAUGCAUCAGCUAAGGUGGGGCAGCAGGGCAGGGCGGAGGGGGGCGGGGAGGAGGAUGGGGAGAGCGGGGAUUUGGAGGAGGGGGAGAAGGGGAAGGAGGCGAGGGGGAAGAAGAGGAAGCAGGGGGAGGGGGAGGGGGGGAGUGGUGACGGUGUGGAGGGUGGACAGGUGAAGAUUGAGGAGGGUAGUUUGGAGGAGGGGCAAGAUGGGAAAGAGGAGGGGAAGGAGGGGAAGGAGAGGGAUGGAAAGGAUGGAAAAGAUGGGAAUGAGAAGGAGGGGAGGGAGGGGAAGGAGGGGAAGGAGGGGAAGGAGGUGAAGGAGGUGAAAGAGGAGCGGAAGGAUGGGAAGGAGGAGGGGACGGAAGCGAGGGAGGCGAGGCAGUGGAGGGAGCGAGCGGCACGAGUGAACGGGUUCUAUGUGUCACAGAGGGAGUGGCUAGGGCGCAAGCACUACCUGCUGGCCCUCCUCUGUCCGCCAACACCGGGACAGAAAGCAGCAGUGCAGAUAUUCCGACCACGCACGUCUGCAGCUAACAG